GGGGCGUGGGGCCGCGGCCGUGCGCUCCGCCCCGCGCGGGGAGCGGGCCGCGCCUCCCCCUGCCGCAUGUGCGCGGUGUUGUGUGCCCGGCCCUGCUCCUCCUCCUCCCCUCCCCUCGCCGCCGUCCCCUCCCCCAGCGGCCCCGAGUGAGCGCGAGCGCCACACAGCCCCGGGCCGCCGCCGUCCAGCGCGCCGAGACGCCGAACAGGUGGCCGGAGGCUGCGGGCGCUGCAGCGGGGAGAGGCGAGGCGAGCUCCGGGCCAGGCGAGGGCGGCCGGGCCGGGCCGGGCAUGCUAGCCGAGCGGCCCCCCGGCGCCGCCGCUUGCCCGCGCCCCUAGCCUCCCGCGCGCCCGUGCAGCGGCCCCGCCGCGCCCAGCGUCCAGCCGCCCCUGCCCGGGGCCGCUCCGGCCGCGGUCAGCGAGGGGCGCGGGCCGGCCCGCGACAGCGGCGGCGGCGGCAUGAAAGUGACCGUGUGCUUCGGGAGGACCCGGGUGGUCGUGCCGUGCGGAGACGGCCACAUGAAAGUUUUCAGCCUCAUCCAGCAAGCGGUGACCCGCUACCGGAAGGCCAUCGCCAAGGAUCCAAACUACUGGAUACAGGUGCACCGACUUGAACAUGGAGAUGGAGGAAUACUGGACCUUGACGAUACCCUCUGUGAUGUAGCAGAUGAUAAAGACAGACUGGUAGCAGUGUUUGACGAGCAGGACCCGCACCAUGGAGGUGAUGGCACCAGUGCCAGUUCCACGGGGACCCAGAGUCCAGAGAUAUUUGGCAGUGAGCUUGGUACCAACAGUGUUUCAGCCUUUCAGCCUUAUCAAGCAACAAGUGAAAUUGAGGUCACACCUUCAGUCCUUCGUGCAAAUAUGCCUCUUCAUGUCCGACGAAGCAGUGACCCAGCUUUAAUUGGCCUUUCAACUUCCAUUAGUGAUAAUAAUUUUUCUUCUGAAGAGCCUUCACGGAAAAACCCCACACGCUGGUCAACAACAGCUGGCUUCCUUAAGCAAAACACUGCUGGGAGCCCUAAAACCUGUGACAGGAAGAAAGAUGAAAACUAUAGAAGCCUUCCACGGGAUGCUAGUAACUGGUCUCACCAAUUUCAGAGAGACAAUGCUCGCUCAUCUCUGAGUGCCAGUCACCCAAUGGUGGACAGGUGGCUGGAGAAGCAAGAACAGGAUGAGGAUGGGACAGAAGAAGACAACAGUCGCGUUGAACCUGUUGGACAUGCUGACACUAGUUUGGAGAACAUACCCAGCUUUUCUCUGGAUGAUAUGGUAAAGCUCGUACGAGUCCCCAACGAUGGAGGGCCUCUGGGAAUCCAUGUAGUGCCUUUCAGUGCUCGAGGCGGCAGAACCCUGGGGUUAUUAGUAAAACGAUUGGAGAAAGGUGGUAAAGCUGAACAAGAAAACCUUUUUCAUGAGAAUGAUUGCAUUGUCAGGAUUAAUGAUGGCGACCUUCGAAAUAGAAGAUUUGAACAAGCACAACAUAUGUUUCGCCAAGCCAUGCGUACACCCAUCAUUUGGUUCCAUGUGGUUCCUGCAGCCAAUAAAGAGCAGUACGAACAACUAUCCCAGAGUGAGAAGAACAAUUACUAUUCAAGCCGCUUCAGUCCGGAUAGCCAGUAUAUGGAUAACAGGAGUGUGAAUAGUACAGGACUUCCAGCACUGCAGAGAGCUCCCAGACUGAACCACCCGCCCGAGCAGAUAGACUCUCACCCCCGACUACUACCUCAGAGCACACACCCCUCCGGAAAACCGCCAGCGGUUCCAGCCCCAGCACCGCAAAAUGUAUUUAGUACAAAUGUAAGCAGUGGUUAUAACACCAAAAAAAUAGGCAAGAGGCUUAAUAUCCAGCUGAAGAAAGGUACAGAAGGCUUGGGAUUCAGCAUCACUUCCCGAGAUGUAACCAUAGGUGGCUCAGCUCCAAUUUAUGUGAAAAACAUCCUCCCAAGAGGGGCUGCCAUCCAAGAUGGCCGACUUAAGGCAGGAGAUAGACUUAUAGAGGUAAAUGGAGUAGAUUUAGCAGGCAAAUCCCAAGAAGAAGUUGUUUCCCUGUUGAGAAGCACCAAGAUGGAAGGGACCGUGAGCCUUCUGGUCUUUCGCCAAGAAGAUGCCUUCCACCCAAGGGAACUGAAUGCAGAGCCAAGCCAGAUGCAGAUUCCAAAAGAAACGAAAGCAGAAGAUGAGGAUAUUGUUCUCACACCUGAUGGCACCAGGGAAUUUCUGACAUUUGAAGUUCCACUUAACGAUUCAGGAUCAGCCGGUCUUGGUGUCAGCGUCAAAGGUAACCGGUCAAAAGAGAACCAUGCGGAUUUGGGAAUCUUCGUCAAGUCCAUUAUUAAUGGAGGAGCAGCAUCUAAAGAUGGAAGGCUUCGGGUGAAUGAUCAACUGAUAGCAGUGAAUGGAGAAUCCCUGUUGGGCAAGACAAACCAAGAUGCCAUGGAAACCCUCAGAAGGUCUAUGUCUACUGAAGGGAACAAGCGAGGAAUGAUCCAGCUCAUUGUUGCGAGGCGAAUAAGCAAGUGCAAUGAGCUGAAGUCACCUGGGAGCCCCUCUGGACCUGAGCUGCCCAUUGAAACAGUAUUGGAUGAUCGAGAACGAAGAAUCUCCCAUUCCCUCUACAGUGGGAUUGAGGGGCUUGAUGAAUCCCCCACGAGAAAUGCUGCCCUCAGCAGGAUAAUGGGUGAGUCAGGUAAAUACCAGCUGUCCCCCACGGUGAACAUGCCCCAAGAUGACACUGUCAUUAUAGAAGAUGACAGGCUGCCGGUGCUCCCUCCACAUCUCUCUGACCAGUCAUCUUCCAGCUCCCACGAUGAUGUGGGCUUCGUGACAACGGAUGCUGGCACAUGGGCAAAGUCUGCAAUCAGUGAUUCAGCAGACUGCUCUUUGAGUCCAGAUGUUGAUCCAGUUCUUGCUUUUCAACGAGAAGGAUUUGGACGCCAGAGUAUGUCAGAAAAACGCACAAAGCAAUUUUCAGAUGCCAGUCAAUUGGAUUUCGUUAAAACGCGAAAAUCAAAAAGCAUGGAUUUAGGUAUAGCUGACGAGACUAAACUCAAUACAGUGGAUGACCAGAAAGCAGGUUCCCCCAGCAGAGAUGUAGGACCUUCCCUGGGUCUGAAGAAGUCAAGCUCAUUAGAGAGUCUGCAGACGGCAGUUGCUGAGGUGACUUUGAAUGGGGAUAUUCCUUUCCAUCGCCCACGGCCGCGGAUAAUCAGAGGAAGGGGAUGCAAUGAGAGCUUCAGAGCUGCCAUCGACAAGUCUUAUGAUAAACCUGCGGUAGAUGAUGAUGAUGAAGGCAUGGAGACGUUGGAAGAAGACACAGAAGAAAGUUCAAGAUCAGGGAGAGAGUCUGUAUCCACAGCCAGUGAUCAGCCUUCACAUUCUCUGGAGAGACACAUGAAUGGAAACCAAGAGAAAGGCGAUAAGAUGGAUAGGAGAAAGGAGAAAGCUGGCAAAGAGAAGAGGAAAGACCGAGACAAGGAGAAAGAGAAAAUGAAAGCCAAGAAGGGAAUGCUGAAGGGCUUGGGAGACAUGUUCAGGUUUGGCAAACAUCGAAAAGAUGACAAGAUUGAGAAAACGGGUAAAAUAAAAAUACAGGACUCCCUUACAUCAGAAGAGGAGAGGAUACGAAUGAAGCAGGAGCAGGAGAGGAUUCAAGCCAAAACUCGUGAAUUUAGAGAGCGACAAGCUCGAGAGCGUGACUAUGCUGAAAUCCAAGAUUUUCAUCGGACACUGGGUUGUAACGAUGAGUUGAUGUAUGGGGGAAUGUCUUCCUACGAAGGUUCUAUGGCUCUCAGUGCCAGACCCCAGAGCCCAAGAGAAGGACAUAUGAUGGAUGCUUUGUAUGCCCAAGUGAAGAAGCCGCGGAAUUCCAAACCUUCAUCUGUAGACAGCAACAGAUCAACUCCUAGCAACCAUGAUCGGAUACAGCGUCUACGGCAAGAAUUUCAGCAAGCGAAGCAGGAUGAAGAUGUAGAAGAUCGGCGACGUACCUAUAGCUUUGAACAACCCUGGCCAAACUCCAGAGCGGCGGCGCAGAGCGGCCGGCACUCGGUGUCCGUGGAGGUGCAGAUGCAGCGCCAGCGGCAGGAGGAGCGCGAAGGUUUCCAGCAGGCGCAGCGCCAGUACAGCUCCCUGCCCCGGCAAAGCAGGAAAAACGCCAGCUCUGUGUCCCAGGAUUCCUGGGAGCAGAACUACCCCCCUGGGGAAGGUUUCCAGAGUGCCAAGGAGAACCCCAGGUACUCCAGCUACCAAGGCUCCAGGAACGGCUACCUGGGUGGGCACGGCUUCAAUGCCAGGGUGAUGCUGGAGACCCAGGAGCUCCUUCGCCAGGAGCAGAGGAGGAAAGAGCAGCAGAUGAAGAAGCAGCCCCCUCCUCCGGAGGGGCUCAACAACUAUGACUCAUACAAGAAAGUCCAAGACCCCAGUUACACCCCGCCCAAGGGGCCCUUCCGGCAGGAUGUGCCCCCCUCCCCUUCUCAGGUCGCCAGGCUGAACAGACUCCAGACUCCUGAGAAAGGGAAACCCUUCUAUUCCUGAGCAGGAGAAGAGUGGAGGCUUCAUGUCAUGCAAUAAAGGACAUUUUCUUAUGAAGACUUGUAUUUUGGGAGUUUUUUUAAAACCUCGAUGGUACUAUGGAAUAAUAUUUCUGUUGUUGGUAUCAGUGCCUUUAAGCAGUAUGGGCAAAGAAAUGGAAGGCCUUAAUGUCUUUGCCACUAUGUCUCAAGUGUCUGUUUCAUGGAAGGAUUUCCCGCCAUCCGACAAUCAUCUGUUCAAGGCAUUCAUGUGCUCUGCAUCUCUCUGAAGUUCCAGGACUGUGGGCCCCCGCCCCCCACCGUGAGCUGUCCGUGGUUUUGUGUUACAGCCCCCGACAAUUUGUGGUGACAAAUUACCUUGAAGUUGAGGGUGAUACUGAUCCCUCUUUUUCCCCUUUUCAGUUUUCUUUCAUGUGAGGCGACGUCCCAAUCUGGUGGAUCCAAGCGGGUGACAGACCCCAGAAAUUGGGGCCUUAUGGUACUUCACAGCACAGUCAUUUAUAGUACUUUGUAAUCAGCAUGGUUUUCCCUGUUCUCUCUCAGCUCCUCACCACAGGAAAGUUCCUUCAUCCCCUGAAAGAAGCUAAGCCAUAUCCAACGCUGUCUGGUUAUCAUGGGGUUCCUUUUGCAACUGCCUUAUAACUCAACAUUACCAAUAAAGUGAUCAUUCUAGUCCAUGUUUAUAAAUACACUUGUUCAGUCAUGUUCCUGACACGUGUGUUGAGUCAGCACAGCGCUGUGUGGGGAGCGUGGGGGAGGGAGUGAUUCCCGGUCAGGGAACGAUGGAGCCUGCCCACCGGCCCUGUGUGUAUCGUGAUGUGGGAGGUGGGAGCUAAGAAAAGAAUUCUCCCAGGAUGAGCUUCUGGCCCACAACAUCCCAGUAAUUAUUUUAAUUAGUUUUCGUUUGACAGGUUGGCAGGAAGGGCAUAGAGUGGGACAAAGAUAAAUCAGACAGUUGUUUUGGGAUUCUCAAGACUCAUCUGCUCUCUACAGUUUUUAAAGUCAGUUGGAAAUGACAUUUUGUCUAGUGCACCCACAUGCUGUAUGUCUGCCUGGUGAUGCCAUCCGUGCUCCGAAGUAAUUCUGCCCCAAAACAAACAAGUCAAAUAGGGAAAAGCUCUUCUCUCACACAGCGAACAUUCUGGUGUCCCCAGACAAUAGUAACAAAAGCUUGCUCUCGUGUCAAUACUGUAAGGUGUGUGUGGGUCACAAGGACCUCAGAUGCUCCCGUGUUUUCGGUGGUCGGUCUGAACGUUGCGUGUAAACCAUGGCUGGGUUGCUAAAGUGCCUGCACAUCCCGAUGUGAGAAAAGCUUGAGAUGAAAGCUCAGCAUACCAUGUAUUAACAAAAAAGAAAAGAAAACAAACAAACAAAAAAGACAAGUACUGAUAUGCCUAUAUAUAUAUAUUUUUUUUUUCUGGCACAUUGUAUUUUUAUGUCCACUUGUUUUUAGAAAAUAUGUCAAGUGUCCACACGUACCUAUUGUCUCUUUUGCAUUUCUGUGUAACGGUUCUAUGUGUUCCUAAUGUGUGGCGAUACUCAACGGUGUUACCUAUGUCAGCACGGUGACCUUGGAUGACAGUGGCUCUUUCUCACAGCCUUCCCUGAGCUGUGAGAAACAGCUUUCCCUGUACAUAUGAGACUUCUAAUAAAAGGCAUAUUUCUUCCUG